AUGGCCCAAGCUCCGACCGGGACCUUCCAGGUUCAUUACUUCGCCAGCGCAUCGAGCUAUACGAACCGACAAUCGGAGGCUCUGCCCGCACCACUUCCGUUGGGUAAAUUGUUCGAUAUCUUGGAGUCCAAAUACCCUGGGAUUGGAGCCAAGGUUUUAACGAGUUGUGGAGUUAGUGUUAAUUUGGAAUACGUGGAUGUGGAGGAGGAGAAAGUGAAACUCCGCGAUAUGGAAGCUGCCCAAGAUGGACAAAGCCGGGCCUUGGUGACCAUUAAGGCCGGCGAUGAAGUGGCUAUUAUUCCCCCUGUUAGUUCGGGGUAG